AUGGCUGCUACUAGACUCUCUGCUGGAAAGAUCGUUAAGCAUUUGAUUGCCAAGAAUGGACCUAUGACAACACAAAAGUUAUUUGAAUUUGUGCCAACAUACCCUAAACAAUUUGUGUCAAAAACACAUUUAAAGCAAAAAAUUUUAAGAUCUCUUGAAGGUGAAGGUGUUCUUUACAAGCAAGUUCACCGUGAAACUGCAGCAAGCAAGCCCAACUGGCAAUGGCAGUUCAGAAAUACAGAGAAUAUCGAAAAAUACAAGAAUGCAUUGUAA